GAAGACAGGGUAAGGAAUGGUAAAAUACAGCUAGCAAAAGAAGUGUUUCUCACACCUAACUCUUUAUAAUAAUAAGAGAGAAGCAAGCAAACCCCAUUGCUCUCCAUUACUCAUUUUUUUCCCAAUCAAUCACUCUUCACUUCUCCCCACUCAUUGCUCCUUUUUUUUUUCCUUUCUAAGCAAUCUCUCUCUCUCUCCUUCUCUCUUCUUAUAUUCUCAAAUUUGAUUCUUUUCUCUCUCUCUCUCUCAUACGAUCUGCACACCACUAAGAACAACAGAGCUAGCUAGAGUUGCAAUAAUUGUAAAAGAUGAUUGGACAAAGCUUCCCGGAGGAUCUUGAUUGUGGCAACUUCUUUGACAACAUGGAUGAUCUCAUGGACUUUCCCGGUGGAGAUAUCGAUGUCGGUUUCGGCAUAGGUGACUCCGACUCUUUUCCUACAAUCUGGACCACUCAUCACGACACGUGGCCCGCCGCUUCUGAUCCUCUCUUCUCUUCCAACACCAACUCUGACUCAUCACCUGAGCUCUAUGUUCCGUUUGAGGACAUUGUUAAGGUGGAAAGACCACCAACCUUUGUGGAGGAAUCCUUGGUUGAGAAGAAGGAAGAUUCGUUUUCGACAAACACGGAUUCAUCAUCUUCUCAUAGCCAAUUCAGGAGCUCAAGUCCAGUGUCGGUUCUCGAAAGCAGCUCCUCCUCGUCCCAAACCAUCAACACAACCUCUCUUGUUCUCCCUGGAAAGCAUGGUCGUCCACGCACAAAACGCCCUCGUCCACCGGUCCAGGAGAAAGAUAGAGUCAAAGACAAUGUGUGCGGGGGAGACUCUCGCCUCAUUAUUAGAAUUCCAAAACAGUUUCUCUCUGAUCACAACAAGAUGAUCAAUAAGAAGAAGAAGAAGAAGGCCAAGAUUACUUCUUCCUCUUCUUCGUCCGGGAUUGAUCUUGAAGUCAAUGGAAAGAACGUCGAUUCGUAUACUUCAGAGCAAAGGAAAUGUAUGCACUGUGAGGUCACCAAGACUCCACAAUGGAGGCUUGGGCCAAUGGGUCCAAAGACGCUUUGCAAUGCGUGCGGCGUGCGCUACAAAUCAGGGAGGCUUUUCCCGGAGUACCGUCCAGCUGCGAGUCCAACAUUUACUCCAGCUCUUCACUCAAACUCACACAAGAAAGUGGCUGAAAUGAGAAGCAAGAGAUGCAGUGAUGGUAGCUACAUAACCGAAGAGAAUGAUCUGCAAGGACUGAUUCCGAACAAUGCCUACAUUGGCGUAGACUAAAACCGAGAAAAGAUGAGUCGAUUUCCAUGCGUUGAAGUGAUUAGAUAUGCCAGGAGUAGGAAAGAGUCAGUGAGCAGAAAAGAUUUAGCUUUAGAAGAAAUGAAUGAAGAGAACAAUCAAUUGGGGGAUUAAAAAGUUAGAUGAGAAUUGAUUGUGUUUGUAUUUUGUAUUUUUAGUGUGAAUGGGCAAAAACUCUUGAAACAGAGGAAAAGUAAGUUGAGGAAGAGCAGAUGAUUUUGAAGACAUUA